AUGAUGGCCGGAUCCUGGCAGGCCCCACGGCUCCUGCUGGCCAUUCUGGCAGCCUUGGUGGCCUUCACCUUCCAAACAAGGAGGAAAACCUUUAUGAGUGUCCAAGAAGUGCCUGUGUCAGAACCCUACGUGAUAGCCACCAUGCGGUUUGUGACCAACGAGUUCAACAAGGAGAGUGACGACAAGUACAGUUUCCGGAUUGUGCGAGUCCUGAAGGUCCAGAAGCGGGUUACUGACCAUAUGGAGUAUCACGUGAACUUGGAGAUGCGGCGGACCACCUGUCAAAAGCUGCAGACUGAAAACUGCACCUUACAGGAAGGGGAGCUUUACAAGCAAAUUGAGUGCUUCUACUCAGUGUUUGUUGUUCCCUGGUUUGAAAAGUACAAAAUUCUGAACAAAAACUGCACCAAUGGCUAG